GAGAGUAGGCGGCGCCGCUCUGUUUCUCCGUCUCGGUGGUGGGACGCUGCAGGGGCCUCGGCCACAACAUGGCGGGCGCGGAGCCGGGCGGCUGCGCGGAGGAGGCAGAGAAGCAGCUGAACGGGGAGCUGUUGCCGCUGCCGGCCGACGCCGAGGAGCGGGAGGGCGCGGCGGGGCCCGGCGGCGAGGAGGGCGCCAGGAAGAAGCGAAAGAAGAAGAAGAAGGGGAAAGGCGGCCCCGCGGGACAAGAAACGGAGAAAGAAACGGAGGGUGCACUUGAUGAUGUAGCAAAACAGUUGGAUAAACAAACACUAGAAGAGAAGGAAAAAGAUGACGAUGAUGAUGAUGGAGAGGGUGAAGGAGAUGGAGCGGCAGGAAAGAAGAAGAAGAAGAAAAAGAAGAAGAAAGGACCUAAGGUCCAGACAGAUCCACCUUCUAUUCCAAUAUGUGAUUUGUUUCCCAGCAACAUUUUUCCAAAGGGAGAAGAAUGUGAAUAUCCACCAACACAAGAUGGGCGAACAGCUGCUUGGAGAACUACAAGCGAAGAAAAGAAAGCACUAGAUCAAGCCAGUGAGGAGAUGUGGAAUGAUUUUCGGGAGGCUGCAGAGGCACACAGACAAGUGAGGAAAUAUGUUAUGAGCUGGAUCAAACCUGGGAUGACAAUGAUAGAUAUCUGUGAAAAACUAGAAGACUGCUCACGCAAGCUGAUAAAAGAGAAUGGUUUAAGUGCAGGUCUUGCAUUUCCCACUGGGUGUUCUCUAAAUAACUGUGCAGCCCACUACACUCCCAAUGCUGGAGAUCCAACAGUGCUGCAAUAUGAUGACAUCUGCAAAAUAGAUUUUGGAACACACAUUAGUGGCCGUAUUAUAGACUGUGCUUUUACAGUCACAUUUAAUCCAAAAUAUGACAAACUAUUACAAGCUGUAAAAGAUGCCACCAAUACUGGAAUAAAGUGUGCUGGAAUAGAUGUUCGUCUCUGUGAUGUUGGUGAGGCUAUCCAAGAGGUCAUGGAGUCAUAUGAGGUUGAAAUUGAUGGCAAAACAUAUCAAGUGAAACCAAUUCGCAAUUUGAAUGGACACUCAAUUGGGCAAUAUAGAAUACAUGCUGGAAAAACUGUGCCCAUUGUCAAGGGAGGAGAAGCAACAAGAAUGGAGGAAGGUGAAGUGUAUGCUAUAGAAACCUUUGGUAGCACUGGAAAAGGUGUUGUUCAUGAUGAUAUGGAAUGUUCUCAUUAUAUGAAGAACUUUGAUGUUGGGCAUGUGCCAAUAAGACUUCCCAGAGCAAAACACUUGCUAAAUGUUAUCAAUGAAAACUUUGGCACUCUUGCCUUCUGCCGCAGAUGGCUAGAUCGUCUUGGGGAAAGUAAAUAUCUAAUGGCUCUGAAGAACCUGUGUGACUUGGGUAUAGUGGAUCCGUAUCCUCCUCUGUGUGAUAUUAAAGGCUCAUAUACAGCACAGUUUGAGCAUACUAUACUAUUGCGCCCAACAUGCAAAGAAGUUGUCAGCAGAGGAGAUGACUAUUAAACUCGAGGCCACCUCAACACCUUUAUACUCUAGGCUUUGUUGGAAAACAUUAUAAGAGUUAAUUUGCAACAUAUUGUCUGUUUUAACGGUGAACUGAUACAAUACUUUCCCUGUUGGGAAAGGAAGGAAUUUGAUCAAAGGCAAGUCUUCUAAUGUAACUAACAAAGGAAAAAGCUUUCAGGUCUCUAGAAAUAUUUCAAAAGUUGCUUCUAUUUUUUCUGUUCAGGGAAAUAUGUGCUAUAUGGCUCAAUUUUUAGUUUGGAAUGUGUUACACAUUUUGUUUCGAACAUUUAUGAAGAGAUGCUUUUCAAAUAUUUAUAUUACCAUAUUCCUACUUGAAUGCUUUGAAUGACUACACCUGAUUUCUGCACCUAAGGCCUCUAUGGCGUUGCCUUUUAAACUUCCUGGAAUCCAUUUUGUAAAAAAUAAAGACAAAUUUUCAGAUCUUAAAAAUAUA